CAUUUGCUGUCAGAUUCUAUACGUCAAUUGAAAUAAUGUAUUUUUAACUUUUACUAAACAUUUAAAUAAACAAAAUUUUGAUAUAAAGUGCCUUCAAAUAGAUUGAACUCAAAAUAUAAUAUUUUUCGUAAUUGCAAUGUUAAAGAAAACAAAGAUUCAAAUUAAGUAAAUCCAUUAAUGUUAGUUAUAGCCGGAGUGUCGAUUGUUUUUAAUAAUAUGUCUGGGGAUAGCGCCGUGGGAAGCGGCUCUCAAGUGGCAUUGGUAACUGGUGGAUAUGACCACACGAUUAAGCUAUGGCAGGCUCACAGCGGCGUCUGCUUGCGGACCAUGCAGCAUCCGGACUCGCAAGUCAAUGACUUAGAAAUAAAUCCAAACGGUCAAAUGGUAGCUGCUUGUGGCUAUCAACACAUCAGGACCUAUGACCUGGCCAGCGCCAAUCCCGAUCCAGUUAUGAAUUUUGAAAAUAUAAUUAAAAAUGUGUCAAGAGUAGGCUUUCAGGAAAAUGGUCAGUGGAUGUACACUGGCGGUGAGGACUGCACAGCAAGAAUAUGGGAUUUGAGAGUGGGUCGGCCAUUUCAAUGUCAAAGGAUAUUUGAGGUCCCUGCUCCGGUAAAUGCAGCAGUUCUUCAUCCGGAUCAAUCUCAGAUCAUGGUGGGUGGACAGACCGGCAUCAUACACAUAUGGGACAUAAGGACUGAUCAUCAUGAACAGUUGAUUCCGGAAGCCGAAGCGAGUAUCCAGGACAUAGCUAUAGACCCUGAAGGUAAACUGAUGGCUGCGGUCAACAACAAGGGCAACUGCUAUGUGUGGUCGCUGGGCGGCUCGCCGCCUCGCCCUGUGCCCAGAACCAAACUCCAGGCCCACAAGAAAUAUGCGCUCCGCUGCAAAUUCAGUUAUGAUUCCACUAUGUUAGUGACUACCUCAGGAGACUGGUCGGCUCGGGUGUGGCGCACCUCCGACUGGAGCCUCAUGAGGGAGCUGAGACAUGACUCGCAACGCUGGGUGUGGGACGCCGCCUUCACGCUCGACUCUCGAUACCUCUUCACUGGUUCGUCUGAUAGUUACGCUCGUCUGUGGGAUCUGGAAAAGGGUACUCUUGAACGAGAAUACUGCGGACAUCAGAAGUCAAUAACAGCACUGGCGUUCAGAGACCAAGCCGUAUAAGUCCCAGCUGACACAAGUACAUAAAUAUAUAAGAAAGUUUUGUAAUAUAUAAGUUGUCUUUUGUUACUCUUUAUUGAUGAGGAACAGAAAAGAUUGCUCGCUUAAGUCCUGCUAUGGGAUGUGUGUAUCUCUAGAUGUGUUCAAUGCAUUUACUGUGUAAAUAUUAUUUAGACAUACUUUGUACAUAAUGAUUUGAUACAGAAUAAAGUAUAGAAAUAAA